GUGUAUGUGUAUGAGAGAGGGAGGGACGGCACUUUGUCAGCAAGGUUCAUGUCGUGUGUGCUUGUGAGGACUCUCUCGGAAGUGUGUGUGUGUGUGUGUUUUGUGUGUAUGUCGAGGGACUGACCUCAGAGCUCCGCUGUGGACGUCUAGAGAGCAGAGGGAGGCUGGCUUUUACCCAGAGACUCCUGAAUGCAGAUGGUGUGAGCAGUCAGGAGAAAAGUUUAUGACAGCUCUGUCUCUCUCUCUCUCCUCUCCUCUGAUCUGCUCACAGCAUUUUCUGCACACAACUGCCCCAUGGAGCUUUGUUAUAUUAUGGAUACGGCUACAGACGCUUUGCUGGGCUGUUUGUCUUUAAGGCAGUAAUGCACUUGUAUUGGACAGAGUCACAUUCUGGAUUGAAUCUUGGAUCUGAGUGAACCCUGAACCAUAUUGAAUCACAUACUGAAUUGAUUUGGCACAUUUUGACUUUUUGGACAGCUUGUGUGGACGGACCUGGAUAGCAGUUUUUAAGAGUGGUGUGUUGGUUUGGUCAUGGAAUAUCAGGCUGGAAGCAUGGGCAGCAGCCCACAGCAUGGACCCGUGUCAGGCAGACAGGGUGUUCUCCGCUGCGGUUGGCUCCGGAAGCAAGGAGGUUUUGUGAAGACCUGGCACACGCGCUGGUUCGUCCUACGAGGAGAUCAACUCUUCUACUACAAAGACGAGGACGAGACCAAAGCUCUGGGCACCAUUUUUCUACCUGGCAACAGAGUUACUGAGCAUCCUAGCAAUGGGGAGGAAGGUGGAAAGUUCCUGUUUGAAGUCAUUCCAGGGGGCGAAAGGGAGCGGAUGACAGCCAACCAUGAGACGUACCUACUUAUGGCCAGUACACAGAAUGACAUGGAGGAUUGGGUGAAGAGCAUCCGCAGGGUGAUAUGGGCUCCAUUUGGAGGAGGAAUCUUUGGUCAAAAGUUGGAAGAGACGGUUCGAUACGAGCGUCGCUAUGGAAACAAAAUGGCACCCAUGCUGGUGGAGCAGUGUGUGGACUUCAUCCGGCGAUGGGGAUUAAGAGAGGAAGGGCUUUUCCGUCUGCCUGGACAGGCCAACCUUGUCAAAGAGCUCCAGGAUGCUUUUGACUGUGGAGAGAAGCCAUCUUUUGACUGUAAUACAGAUGUACACACGGUAGCCUCCUUGCUGAAGCUGUACUUGAGAGAGCUUCCUGAGCCCGUCAUUCAUUUCUGUAAAUACGACGAGUUUCUGGCCUGCACCAAACUCCUCAGCAAAGACCAGGAUGCAGGAAGGAAGGAAUUAAGAAGGCAUGUGGAAAGUCUUCCACUGGUGAACUACAAUUUGCUUAAAUACAUAUGCAAGUUUUUGGAUGAGGUGCAGUCAUACUCAGGGGUCAAUAAAAUGAGUGUACAAAAUCUGGCGACAGUCUUCGGGCCAAAUAUAUUGAGGCCAAAGGUCGAGGACCCAGUGACUAUAAUGGAAGGCACAGUUCUGGUCCAACAGCUAAUGGCCGUUCUGAUUGGUCAGCACGAUUUUCUUUUCCCACCCGAAGAGGACCAUACUAGCACUCUGGAAUUGGUCAAUAACAACAACAAUGAGCUGCAAAAACAACCAAUGAAUUGUCAACAACAAAACAAAGAGAACAACAACACUGCUGGCAUACGACAAUGCACCUGGGACACUCCCGAAUCACCCAGCCGGGUGCCAUUGGACAAUGGCUCUCCCCGCCUGGGAAGCCCUCGUAAUAGUUUUAUAGGUCCACGAUUCGAGGUAACCCGUAGUCCGCCGCUUACGGUGAAAAAGAACCCAGCGUUCAGUAAAGGCAGUGGAAUUGUCACUAACGGCUCCUUCAGCUCAUCAUCUUCUUCCUCAGGCGACGCCAAUCAAGAGAAGAGCCAGACUUUGCCCAACACGUGUACCCUGCAGACCCGACGGGCAGGUGCGAUGAAAGGCUUGGGCACCAAGAUGGGGGUUCUGAAUGGUGUUGUGCGAAUGGGCGUGUCCAGCACGGAUGGGACGAAUGGGACUCUAAAUGGGCAUAAUGGACUCUGGAUGCCCAAUGGUCAUGUCGCAAUGCGUGAGGGGAAAGCACGAGACACAGAGCACCAGCAGAAUCGCUUGUCCACAUACGACAACGUCCAUAUCCAGCAGCAGACACAACAGAUGCAGCCCAGUCUCAGCAGCAGCUGUGAGGACAAGCAGAGCGUGGACAGCGCCACCUGGUCCACAUCAUCUUGUGAGAUCUCUCUGCCAGAGAACUCCACCUCUUGUCGCUCUUCCACAACAACUUGUCCAGAGCAGGACUUCUUUGGCAGCAAUUUUGAGGACCCGUUGUUGGACGGGCCGGUACAGGAGGACAACGGACUGGUACCAGAGGACAAGGAGCAGAGUACCAGUAACGGAGGAGGUCGGGGGAGCAGAGGAACAAGCAGUAGUGAAAACAGUGAAACGGCAUUUGCUGUAAUCAAUGGACCGACCAAUCACAGUGCACUGCACAGCCUGGUGGCCAGCCUCAAACAGGAAAUGCUCAAGCAGAAGAAUGAAUAUGAGGCCAGAAUCAAGAGUCUGGAACAUCGUAAUCUAGAGUUGGAGACAGUGAUGGCGAAUCUCCAUGAAGAGUUGGACCAGGAGAAGAAGAAAUACACCAUGGUGGAGAUCAAGCUGAGAAACGCUGAGCGAGCCAAGGAAGAUGCAGAGAAGAGAAACGAAAUGCUACAAAAAGAGAUGGAGCAGUUCUUCUCCACUUUUGGAGAUCUGACUGCAGACCCACGACGACCUGAUAGAGCCAACACCAUCUGGAUCCAGUGAGAUGUGGUGCAUGGUAGCAUUUGGUUCAGGCUUGUGUUGAGGACGGUCUACUACAAACAAUCACUCAAUGACCAGUUUUGUUACAUUAUGUGGGCUGUGACAGACAGAAUCUGAAUAAAUGUACUUGUCCUGAAUUGACUUGUCCUCAGUCAUUGCCUGUUUGGUGCAAAGAUUCGACACAGCUGAGCGAAGCCCACCGAGCCCAAUUUCAAAAUGAACAUGGACCAGUCGUGAAAAUGUUGUUGGACUAAACCAUUUGGAUUCAUUGGAUUGACUAUUGCAGACUGUUGCUGUUGAAUUUGUGACCGGAAUGAACAGUACAUCCUCCUGAAGGACAACUGAACCUUGAAGGUUUCUAACAUUUCUUAUUGUGAUACAACCAAAUGUGUCCUUGCCAUAUGUCACCUGUGUGUGUGUGUGUGUAUAUAUAUAUAUAAGCAAAACGAUGUUAAAAAUUCCACAAUGAUAAACUAUGUCUGUAUAAAUGCAAAUCAAAGUAAAAUGUUGAUGUACUAAUAUUUAUAGAGAGAGUUCUCCAUGUGUUACAUACAAAUUUUAUAUCAAGGCUUUUCCUUGCACUUAAAAAUACUUGAUUUUUUUUUCAACAUGGUACAGAUAUGAGAUUGUGUGGCAUACAUUUGCAUUUUGUUCCCUCUGUCUUCCCUCACACUUUUCUCCGAUAUUUCAUUGUUACAUCCAAAUUGCCACAGAGCUUGCCACACGACCAAAAACAUGUAAAUACAUGCGUAAAAAAUGGUGUACACUUGGCCUGUCUUUGUCAUUCUUACCAAUAGCACAUUAUGCUUUAAGCAGCGCUAGACAGAAAAAAAUCUAUUAAAAUAAAGGCCAAGGUGUGACAAUUCAAACCUGUUAAAGGUGAUACUGGUUUUUAUUGUCUGUUUUUAAUUCUUGCCACUGUCCAUGCUUCUAUUGUGGCUUCAUAUAGUCAGUGAAAUGUGAUUAAAUUAAAUUAUUUGACUUACUUUUAACUGGGUCUUAAUUUUUGUCUUAUUUUUCUGCAGUAUAUCAGUCGCUGAAAUCAGUGGGUGGCCUGAUAUUUACAGUCACAAAAUGAACAUUUUUCAAAAGAAUCAAAGAC